AUGGGAAAAGAAGAGUGCAAAACAAUGCUGGACGCUUUAAACAAAGUCACCGCUUGCUACAGGCAUUUGGUGAUCGCACUUGGUAGUACAUCAGACUCUCAGAAUUUACGCGAGGAACUGAAGAGGACGCGUAAAAAGGCCCAGGAGUUGGCCGUAGCAAAUAGGACUAAACUAACAUCUUUGCUGAAAGACAAGAGCAUCAGCAAGGAGGAUCGCGCCGAAUAUGAGCGUCUGUGGGUGCUGUUUUCCAGCAGCAUGGAGUUGCUGGAGGUGGACAUGAAACGCUCUCUGGAAAUAGGGCAGGAUUUCCCAUUGAAGGUGCCCACUAGGCACCUGAUCCAAACGGGCAUGACGGGCAGCACAACCACAGUGGCAGCGCGAGCCAUGAGCGUGCAGAAUAUGAAAUAUGAGGCAGACAGCAACAUUGACACCGCCGACCUGAGGGAGCUGCAGUGCGAGAUCGGCCAGGUGAGCCAGAUGAUGGAGGAGAUGGAGAUGAAGGUGCAGGUGGCUCCAUGGGCGGUAGAGGCCAAGCAGGAGGCGGGCGCCGAGCUCAAGUCCAACAUGAGUGUGGGGAAUUCCUCAGUGGGCGUCAUCUCCAUCUGCGAAGAGGAGCCUAAAGAAGAGGACGGGGGCGGAGGGGGUCAAGGCUCGGGUUUGGGAUCCAUCUGCGCAGUGUUGGUUUUCUUCGUGAUUGUCGGUGUGGCUUUGGUGCUUGGGUAUUUAGUCAUCAACAUGUCCUGA